GAACUUCCGGCAGCCCCGCCAUUUUGACUCCCCGACCUUGGGUGGGAUUGGCGGCCCUGCGUGCUGCUCGUCGGGGUCAUGUCUGUGUUCGCGCCGCUGCUGCUCCGGGGCCUGACGGGCGCGGCCCGGAGGCUGCCCGUGCCGCGUGCACAGGUGCAUUCCAAGCCUCCGCGGGAGCAGCUGGGGAUCAUGGACAAGGCCAUCGGGCUCACCGCCUGCUUCCUGUGUUUCCUCCUGCCCGGGGGCUGGGUGCUAUCCCACCUGGAGAACUACAAGCGUCGGGAGUGAAGGGCCGGCCCUCCCCGUCGCCUCUCCCCAUCAUGUCUGCAUUCCUGGUCCGCGCCGGAUCAUGACCUUAGUCACAGUGACCUCUGCAAUCAUGACCUCUCCACCUCCGUGCUGACAUCCUGGGACCACAUCAGGCGCUUGAUAAGGUCCUGCCCAGGCCGCGUGCGGCCCCUGUAACAAUAAAGUCUAUUUCAACUGCUUCCAAAA